AUGGCGAUCCGUCGGUCCGCGCGAAUUCGUCGCGCUCAGGAAUCUCCGGAGGUCGAGGAAAGCACUCCGCAACCCGAGCCAGUCGCCCCUUCCCAACUUGCCUCUGUUGCCGAGGGCGACGAAACCGAACUGCCUCACGUCCAAACGCCCCAAAUCAAAACACCUUCACAAAAAACCCCCACCGCGUCUGCUAAACGAUCAUCUACCAACGCCAUUACUCCUACCAGUACAAUGGCGCGUCCGUCGCGAGCAGAGAUGCAUCCCAGCAAGGCUCACCAAAGCACAGCCAAGAAGGCCGACUCAGGUCUGAUCCUUGGAUUCAAUCCGAUCGCAAAAGAUGCCGAUGGCAAGGUGAUCAGUAACAGCCUCAGCGACAACACUCCAACAAAAUCGAAGCCGUCGCCCGCACCCAGUGGUUUUGGAACUCCAGGUUUCGAGUACAAAUUCCAGUCUCAGGAAACCGACUUGAGCGAUCAAGCCAAACUGCUCAUGGACAGUGUCCGUGGCGAUGUUGCUCGAAUCAAGGCCGAAAUGCUUGAACAGAAAUCCAAGCAAGACCAGGAAGAUGAUAAAGCUGAGCACGCGCACGGAGACCGGAAGAUCGCCAUGCCCAAGGGCAAAGCUGGACGCUUCAGCGAUGUCCACAUGGCAGAGUUCAAGAAGAUGGACUCGAUCGCAGGACACGCCUCAUCUUUCCGUGGAACCGCCGACCGUUUUGUGCCCUUGAACAAGUCCCUGAAGCGAACCAAGUCCAAAGCUCAGCUUGAUGAGCCUGAGAACCAGAACUCGUCGCCUUCUCGAUCUACCACCAAGGGCUCAAGCUUGCCCGCCCCUACUGGCGCCUCGACCGCUAAGCGUGCUAAGCAUAGCCAGGCUGAAGAUACUUCCACUCGCCCCCAACCCUCAGAUGCCGAUGUGCGGAAAGUCGAGACUCCUCGCCGGCCAGCGGGUCCACGCCCUCGUCCAUCCGUCCGCAAUUCCCUCAUGACCCCCACACGCGCAUCCCUCGCUCGCUCCACCGCCAGUGUCAAGGCGCCCAAGACCUCAUUGAUUCCAUCUUUGAAGCUUUCCCCAGCCGCCAAAACAAUUGCCUCGCCGCGAACUCCACAAACCGACUUCAACCCUCGCUUGAAAAGCAAGUUGCCUACACUUGGCAAUAUGAGAUCCAUUCUUCGUCGACGUCAGCCCCUAUUUUCUCGUGAUCCGUCCAAGAUUGCGUCUGGGACUCACGUUGCUGCGCCUGAUUUCAAUCCGAAAUCCCUUUUUGCAGGAGCUGGUGAUGUUAGUGACGCGGCUCCGACUCCUUCGCCCAAGAAGCACGUUGAGUUCACUCCAAGUGUCAAGUCUCGUCACGAACUCUCUGUGGCAUCGCCCUCUCCAUCGAAGGCUCCAUCCGCUAAGCGUCUCUCUGUUUCUGGGGAUGUAAGCUAUCCCACGCUUCCCACUCUCACGCCAGAAAAGAAUUCGACUGUCACAGAGUCUACCACACCCACUUCCGCUCCCAAAUCCAUCCGCCCUGUUCGCAAAUCGAACCCUGCUGGUGCCGCUGGUGCCCCAGAACUCCCUGUGGUGACUCACGGCAUUUCCCAUGGAAUCAAGAACAAGAAGAGACAUCGGGAUGAAUCCGAUGAUAACGAUACACCUACCACCAACAGAACCAAGAACGUCUUGUCUGCUGAUUCUCCCUCGGGUGAGCGCACCAGUAAGAGACUCAAGGCCACCCCAAGCCCCGUGAAGAAGCGGUCUAUCAAUACCCCUGUUCGACCCUCUACUGGUCGCGUUGGUACUCCUGUCACUGCCAGUGCAAAGCAAAAGAGCCGCGGUGUCCUUAGCAUGAGCCGUCUCAACAUGCUUUCCAAGCCUAAGGGACAUGCUCAGCCGAAAUAA